AUUGACAAGUCUCUCUGCCAGGGCAUCGCCGGAGGUGGCAUGUAGCAUCUGGCCUGUGGCAGCAGCACUAAUACGACAUUGGCAAUACUGGUCGGAAAGGAACCGAUGCAUCUCGACAUGGGUCCUGCUCGGGGUGCGCGAAAGACGAGUUCGACAUGGAGACUGUCAAAUCCUGUACUCCGCUGCUACCUUCAUACAUAUGGCGGAGGAUGUCUGAUUCCACCAUCCUUUAGAGGCCGCGGCUCCGAGCCUUGGGGUGAGAAUGCGGCGAUGAGCCUCGUUGCAGCAGUCAUGUCCGUCGGCAUCCUUUGCACAGGAUGCCUCGCUAUUAUUCUCAUUAUGGCGACAGCCGAGAGAGCCAUGCAAUACCGAGUACAUGUACGGAGCAGACAACACGGCCGGGAGCUAGUAAAUAAGCAGUUGGCAGAUCUGCCCAUCUACAGUUAUUUCUCCGUAGCUCUACCACCUUUGCAGUGACGACGAUGACACUAUCAAACCGUCUGAUGAUUAAAAUCCCCCAAAAAAUCGAUUUGGAAUCGUCUUCAUUGCCAGCUUUUUUUGCUCAUCUAGAAACCGUCAUCCACCCUGACAAUACCCCUCGGGCAAACCAACCCACAAAAACCACGGAUCAAAGAACUCCAUGCAGUCCUCUCCUAGAAGAAGACAUUCAUUCACGGCUGCCUGGUUCUAGCUUCGGACGCACAAUGCAAGAAGAAAAAAAGGGACCUUGUUCGUGUCGUCAAACCGUUUACCCGAUAGACAACUGUGACGGAAAUAUUACAUGCCUACCUGCAGCUAGCUGUCAUGCAUCGGGACGGCCGAUGUUGGCUGCUUUUGGACCGAUGCUGGAAGUAAAACCACGUUUCAUCCUUGCCAUGGAAG